GCAGUAGAGGCAUAGCAAUCACAAGCUGCGUGUCAGUGCAGUCGACUUACAGCGGGCUGUGAGGAGAACUGGCGCGACCCCUUUGUCCAUAAAUAUAACUUUGCAAUCGCUUAAACUUUUCAAAGUUUCUUUAAAGUCGCGUUAGGGUUUUUAUACUCGUCAGGUACUCGAGUAGGUCGUGUUAAAUUUCUUAUUUUGGCUUUGUGUGAAGUUAAAAGGCUGGGCCUUUCACGCGCUCCGGACGAGAGAAAGAGAAGCUGGUCUUUUUGCGAUUAAAAGUACAUAAAUGCUUUUUACCAAAAUGGACCUGUUGAACUACCCGUACUUGGACAAAAUGAACAACAACAUUGGCAUUCUGUGUUACGAAGAAGCAUCUCAUCUGAUGAUCUACAAACCAACAUCAAAGGUUUUGCCAAGUGAAGCUGCUCUAAGAGGCGAGUCCAGAAUGCAGGCCAUGUCACUGUCCUCUGCAGUCAGCAGUCACAGGACGGGCCCUCCUCCCAUCAGCCCCAGCAAGAGGAAACACAACGGGGACCAAGCAGACGACGACAUCGACUGCAACAGCGAGCAUGUGGCCAAGAUGAGCCGGCUGUUUGCCGUACAGUUAGGCAAGCCUGCCAACGGGGACUACCGCAAGGACCCCCGGGAUCGCAGCCGCAGUCCCAUCAUUGCCGCCCCCACCAUGAGCCUCGUCGGUGGUCAGAUUUACGCCCACAUGCCCAGCCUGGCCAUAGACCAGCCUCUCGCACUGACCAAAAACACAGACACAAGCCGCACCGUCACCAUCUCCCCAACCGUCAGCCCUGUUGAGCGCCAGCAGAAUCGUCCCUCUGUGAUCACUUGUGCCCCAGCGAACAAUCGUAACUGCAACCUCUCCCACUGCACCGUGUCUCACAACGGCUGCUCACCCAGCCUGACUUCAAACUACCGCAGAUCCUCCAACUCUAACACAGUCUGCGACCCUGUUAUCGAGGAGCAUUUUCGUCGCAGUCUGGGAAAGAACUACAAGGAGCCAGAGCCGGUAUCAAACUCUGUGUCCAUCACAGGCUCAGUGGACGACCACUUCGCCAAGGCACUGGGCGAGACGUGGCUGCAGAUCAAGGCCAAGGGCAGCUCAUCUGGGAGCCCGGACUCGUCCCCGAACAGCCACAUGGUCAACCACAAUCACUCCCCUUCUCUCGUGUCUUGAAAAGAGGACCAGCUGACCCCAGUCCCAGCCUCUUCCAGCUGCCUCGCUCUCAAAGCAUCCAUGCAUGUUUUAGCAGUGCUGAUGUAUAGCUAUGUAUAUAAGAACGCACGGCAAGGAUGUACUCGUUCAUUUUCCUUGUUUUGUGCUUUUAUUUGAUUUUAUUUGCCUUUUCUUUUAAGUAUGCUAGUGUACGUUUAGCUUGGCAGUUACGUAAUGGGAUGCCCAUACACAUCAUCAAUGAGCACGAAGCAUUUUGGUUUUUUGAUUAACCAUCAUCCGACUCUCUAACCAUCUGCCUCAGAUACCAAAGAAACCUCUGAUGCAAACCAUUUACCCAGAAGCCAUUCUCACAUUUCAGCCAGCUCAUUUCUUUUCUGGUUUUCCUCUCCGGUUGUCCCACACCGUGUCUUCUCUCCCGGGUUGUGCUUUGAAUCUGUAUGUGUAUAGUUGAAACUGAAAGCCUGGACUGAUUUUGCACUAUUGAUGGAUUGAGGCUGUAUCAGUUUAGUGUUGGAUACACAUGUUAGGAUGUUCAAAACAGGAGGACAGGAGGGCGAACUGCUGACACAGGUGGGAAGUGAUGUCAUCUACAUCACUUUGGCAGGAAGGGAGGGAACUUUAUAUCUUGCUUCAGACGAUUCUCUCUAUGGCGCUGACAACUGGACUGCGGCAAACAUGGGCAUUUUUUUGUCGUUUUGGAUUCGUUUCGAGCCCAGGCACUGUGGUUUUUGUAGAGUAGAUGAGGUUUUAAGGGUUAACUAGUGCUUAUAGGUGCAUGUUUUUAAAAUAGCUGGUAUCUAUUGCGUAGACAUUUCAUUUGUAAUUCUUUUAGCCUUUCUUUCAGAUUUUAUUUUUGUCAGUAACAGUCCUAGAUAAACUUACUGCUGGUACAGUUGUACUCCAUAUUAUAAUUUUCUAUUCAAUAUUCAUUGUGGGUAGCUGCCAGAUACAAAAUAAGUAAAACAGCCUCCGGACAGGCCAUCUAUAUAUUAACGGUUGGAUUCAUGUUAUUCAUUUUGUCGUACAGGACGCUAUCACUCUUCGCAUGACUGAAAAAGACCCAAGAAUAAGGUGAAUAAGGUCAACUUUAGCGUUGACAAUCUGUCGGGAAUGCCAAGCUAGUUUGUUGUUGUUUUUCAUCUUGCUCUCAAAUCUGCGUUGUUUGGUUGUGGCUGUCAAAAUGGACUUGGUUUUCAAACCUGUGCCGUAACAUUCCUCCGAUAGGGAACUUCGUACAGGUGUUGUACUUUUCUGACGUAUUCGGUGUAGUUACUAACUCGGAAGCUUUGACGUGAGGUUGCAGAUGCAGGAGAUGCUUGGAUCUUAAGCUUGUCCUUACAUUCCAUCAGCUCAGUUUCAUUGCAGGUUUGGAUAUUGUGACAUUGGAAACGGGAAAUGCUGCCAGACAGCCAUCUUUAUAACUCACCCUGUGCUCUUAUUGUAUGUAUUUGCCACGACGUUGUCGUAUCCUACAGGGGGCUUUUGGGCUUUUCUUCCUGUGUGUCAAUACUGGGGCGGGGUUUAGGGAGGUCUGAGGUAUACACAUUUCACUACCAAUUUACUAGGUAGGGCACUCACUUUCUGCUUGACACACAAUACCAUACACACUGUAGGUAUCUCACUUAAUUAAAAACGAACAAAAAAAGUUUUUAUAUAGGAAACUAUAAGACCAUCAUUACGCUGUGCGUAACGAAUGUACAGAGAAAAAAUCGUAGGUAUUUUUUGAGGAACAAUUAAUUUGUUAAUGAUAUGUAGCUAUUUAAUUUUUCCCUUGUCCUUUAUUGUAAUCAUGCUUUUUUCGUUGAAAAAGUUGAUCUUUUUUGUUUGUAGGUUUUGUCUGUUUAAGGUUAAAGUGCAGGAACACAGUUAUUCUAUGAAAACACUGCGUUAGUGUAAUAGCCACUCGUGUAUUACUUCUAAAG